AUGUCCCUGCUGAAGUGUCCCAAUGAGAUACUGCUCAUAAUAGCCGAGGACCUACCGCCAUGCCAAGGAGAUAUAAACGCCCUUGCCCAAACCUGCCUUCGUCUCUUCUACUUACUCAAUCCAUUCCUAUACCGCUACAAUACUCGCCAACAUCACUCCUCAGCACUGUCCUGGGGCGUAACCCAAGGCUCUGGAAACACAGUCCGGAACUCCCUAGAGGCAGGGGCCCCAUACAACAAAUCCGGCCGCAUCACAGGAACUAUAGGCCGAAGACGAUGCGUGCUGGGAUGCGCAUUGUCCGAACUAGCAGGGAAAUCCUACUUCUGCCCGGAAUUCUACGAACAGCCCAUAUCAUCCGCGGCGAGGAAUGGCCAACUUGAUAUCGUCCGCGCAUUCCUGGAAUUUGGCGUGGAUCCCGACUAUCCAAACCCGGCUGGUCAUACGCCGCUUUGUCUGGCUGCUCAGGGCGAUCAUCUUGAGCUGGUGCGUUUCUUGCUCGUGAAUGGGGCUAGUCCGGCUUUGAAGAAUAUUUGUAAGAUUUUUCCGCUUUGGCAUGCCACUUGGAGGCGAGUCUCGCGGCAGAGGUUGAAGAUUAAGUGCAAGGAACACUUGCAGUUGCUGCAUGAGAGGGACAGGAUCAAAUGGUUGAAACCGCUGCGUGAGCGGGGAGUGAAUAGCGAGCAAGAUGUUGGAGCCAGCCCGGUAACUCUGGAGGUGAUUCCGAAAGUUCUUGAUUGA